GCUCCAAGUCCUCUCAUCGUUCUCGUCCCAUCUCUAUACUGGUUACUCGCCAUGGGCUCUUAUCAGCCACGGUCGUCUUUUACUGACCCGCCAAGCUACUCACUUCCUACUCAUCGUCUCCAACGGACGCUCCGUAACUCCGAGAAGCAGCCUAUAGUCCUCGUCGCGUGCGGCUCCUUCAGCCCAAUUACGUACUUGCAUCUCCGUAUGUUCGAGAUGGCCAAGGACUACGUUCGCCAGAACACCGAUUUUGAGAUCAUUGGGGGUUACCUCAGUCCGGUCAGCGACCAGUAUAACAAGCCCGGCCUUCUCGCCGCGCACCACCGAGUCCAUAUGUGCAACUUGGCUGCUGAACAGACCUCGUCGUGGCUGAUGGUAGACCCGUGGGAAGCCUUCCAGUCGUACCAACGUACGGCGGUCGUGCUCGACCACUUUGACCACGAGAUCAAUACCAAACUCGGCGGUGUCUACACCCAGGACGGCGAACAGAGGAACGUGCGGAUACUGCUGCUCGCGGGCUCGGACCUCAUCGCGACGAUGAGCCAGCCCGGGGUCUGGUCAGAAGCGGAUCUCGACCACAUUCUUGGGCGCUAUGGCACAUUUAUCGUCGAGCGAGCGGGAUCCGACCUCGACCAGGCAAUCGACAGCCUUGCCCGAUGGCGGCACAACAUCCACCUCGUCCACCAGCUCAUUCAAAACGACGUUUCCUCGACCAAGGUCCGCCUCUUCCUGCGACGCGGUCUGUCCGUGCGCUAUCUCCUUCCAUCCCAAGUCGUCGACUAUAUCGAACAAAACGGGCUGUAUGUCGGUGAUGGCCCCGACGCGUCGGCAGCUAGCGGCGCCGUCGCGGCAGAAAAAGAACGUGCCAAGGGCAAGGGGAAGGAGGAGGGGCCGAGCACGCCCAAGCUGCAGUCAUAACGAGCUCCCACGCGCUCACCAGGGUCACCCGCGAUGUGACUCACACUCCAUUCCAGAGCGCAUAUAAGUGAUGAUGCGCAAAUGUACCAGUCUUCCCCCGGAUACCGUUUUAGACUGUGACUACGUGGUGGCUGCUCGAUUCAGGGAAGUUACGGACGUUCGAUGAAGCUAUGUACAUCUAAUGACUCCC